AUGAGGAUCGUCGUCUUUCUGGAUGUCCGGAGCGGGGAACUCGGUGCUGCUGUUGCAGCAGAAGCAGCCCUUGCGGGUGAGCCUGUCGAAAUUGUGCCGUGCCGCAGUUCCCUGGUCCAGGCCCUGCGUCGCCGGGACACGCAGCAGCAGGGCGGAAGCGACACCUUCACCUGCCUCAUCACGGAGGAGAGGAGCCUGAAGGAUGCGGGCGUUGUGUAUGCCCUGUUCUGCAGCCGCAUUCCCGUUCUCGCGCUGGGAGAAGGCAGCAUCGCCCCCGCCUCGAUUCCCCUGCUGGAGACUAUUAGUUCCCUUUCAGUGGAUAGGUCCGGCGGCCUUCUUGUGGCGCAGCUACGUGCCGUAAAGGCGUUUUUUGCCUUUGACAAGAGCAAGACCCAGGUCAUUGUGUUUGAGGGCGGCGACGGAGUGGGGAAGGCGACGCAAGCGAGACUGCUGCUCCGCCGCCUUGCGUCUGAGGGGCAGCGCGUAUCGCAUUAUGAGUUCCCAUCUGAACGAAACCGGUACGGGGACCUUCUUCGAGAGAUUCUCUCCGGAAAGAAGGGAGGCAUAAAAGACUUGGAUCCCAGGUUGUUUAGCUUGUUGUUCUCCAUGAAUCGCUUUGCCUGCUUGCCGGAGCUUCAGUACUGGGUGCGCCGUGGGACGAAGAUUGUUCUGGACCGGUACUACACGGCAAAUUGCGGGCACCAGGCUUCAAAGUUCCCAGAGGAGGAACGAAUUGCGUUUAUUUUCCAUCUGCACUUGAUGGAAGUCUCCUGGCUGCGGCUUCCGCCGGCCAACCUUGUGCUCUACCUGGACCUCCCCCCGCAGGCCGCGCUCUCUGCGAUGAAGGUGGACCCACACCGCGGCCCACUCGACAUUCAUGAAACGGCGCAAAACACGUACAAGGAGAGUGUUAGAAACACGUAUUUGUGGUGCUGCGCAAAAUUGCCCCACUGGUUUCAUAUACGUUGCUGCGAUGACACAGCCUCGCGCUCAAGUCCGGAGGAAACACACGAUAAGGUGUACGAAGCGAUGACGCACCAUCUUGCCCUCAUAAAAGAGUAG